GUCUGAGGGCUGCCCGCCGGCGUGCGGUGGACGGCAGCGUGCGGUGGACGGCAGUGGUGUUUCCGGUAUGCUUCGCUUACUCUGCUUCGGCUCUGAGGCGGCGCUGGCGGCGUUGAGGGACUGAGAGCAGAGGAGCUAGCGUAUCGACAUACUAGCAACAAAAGCAAGCCAACACGCUGCAAGCAGUCGCAGCGGUGCUUUUGCCAUCGAAGAGACGUUUCGGAAGCUCUCAGCAUGUCUUCGUUGGAGGCCUCCCUCAAGGACCCCUCGCGGCCGACCUUCCUGCACGGCCUCACGCCGCCCCUGGACAGCACGACGCCGGACGCCGCGCGGACGAUCGCUGCGAAAUUCGUGGCGCGAUCUAGAGUGUUAGCGUCGGACGGUUUUAUUGUGUAUGACAUCCAGGACGAGCCGUCGCGCAGCGGCGCCGAGCGGCCGUACCCGUUCCGCCAGCUCAUGGACAGCGCGUCGUACGCGGCCGAGGUCCGCGCGGCGAGCGGCAAGGAGUGCCUCGUCUACAAGUGCGUCAACGACGCGGAGUUCGAGAAUUGGAUAAGAAAAGCUCGAGCCGUCCACGGCCACCGGUGCCUCAAUGUGGUCGGGAGGCCGUCGGCCGACGGCCCGGCGAAGGGGCCGACCACCAAAGAGGCCAUGGCUCUGGUGGAGAAGACGUCCGGCGUGUCGUUUGGUUGCGUGUGCAUCCCGGAACGCCAUACGGACGAGUACGCUUCACAAAGGGGCAAGGCCGCGCCGGGCGAGCACCUCAACAUGCUGCGCAAGCAGCAGGCCGGUGCCGAGUGGUUCGUGUCGCAAGCAGUAUAUGAUCCGGCGCCGACGAUCCGCCUCCUGCGGGAUUAUGGGGAUGCCUGCCGCGCGGCUGGCCUGACGCCUUGCAAGGUCGUAUUGACGUUUGCUCCCUGUGGCCGCGCAAAAACGAUGACCUUCCUCAAAUGGUUGGGGAUACGCGUGCCGGAAGAGGCCGAGCGGCGCAUCCUCGACGCGGAGUCGCCCGUCGACGAGUCCGUGGCGCUGCUCUGCGAGACGCUCGAGAAGAUUUUAGAUGAGACGCAGGACUGCGGCGUGCCUCUUGGCGUGAGCGUCGAGUCGGUGUCGAUCUUCCGGAAGGAGAUCGACGCGGUCCACGAGCUCAUGAGGAGGACGCAGGCCAUUGCCCUGGACAAGCGCGGCAUCAAGUGGCGGGUCGUCUGGGAGGACGCGGCCGCGCCGAGCUCAUCGGGUGUGCCCUUCGGACCCGUUGCAGCCGUCGCGGCGCUCUCGGCGGCCGUCGCAGCGGUCGUGGCGCUCGCCGUCGCAAGCGUCUUCUUGCGGGCGGGAGCUCUGUAGUAGUUAAGACUUGUACAUAAGCCCC